AUGGGGAGGCUGACUACAGAGAUCUACCAGCUGCAUGGGGAGGCUGACUACAGGUUUGUGACUCUACACUGGCAGUACCCAAGUCAGCUAGCUGGUCUGCACAGCUUCCAGAUCAACUAUUGUGAGUUGCAGGCCUGGGGACCCAACCGGUGCCGCACAAAGUAUCUGGAGGCUACAUCAGGAGUACCAAACAUGGGGGAUCCAGAGUUCAGAGCGUACUCUAUUAUAGUGAGUGGACUGCGCAUGGCUACCAACUACAGCUUUGAGGUCCUGCCCCGAGAAUCCCGGCGGACCAGAUUUUACAUGCAGUCAUACCAGCGCUGGGUGCCAGACCCAUCUGCGAGGAGAAUUGUCAUUCCAACCAAAGGCUUUUCAGCGAGAGCGAGCCUGUGCCUGCCGGACGUGAGCGAGGUGGAGGUUGCCACCGGACCAUAUUUCAGUGGCCGUAUCGCGGUGGAGACAGCCAACGACACCCCUCCCUGCCUCGUCGAUGGGGACGGAGCCAGUCCUAAGGAUCUCUACACUUUGCGGAUAGAUCACAAGCUGUGCGGAAGUAAGGUUAACAGGACAGCAGUGGAGACCUUCAUCCUUGUCCAGGAGAAUCUGCCGAUCCUGACUCACAGCACUCGGCGGUUCCUGGUACUCUGCACCUUCCAACCAGAGACUCUCACAGUGAGAGCUGGGCUGAACCUGCCAUCGACGAGUCCGGACGCACCGACCGCCAUGGACGAAGUGAUGGACAACAACGUGCAGGCCUCGGCACUGCAGCUACCGGGGGAGACCGGCCGCUCUGACACAGAGCAAGCAACUGAGGUCCAGAUCGUGAUGUUGGUGGUGAUUGUGGCAGUGGGCUUCGUGGCAAUCGGCCUCACCGUGUGGUGGUUCAUCCCCAUCAAGUUUAAGUCAAGGCGAUUAUCCAUGCUCUCCGACGACAAUGUGUACACUUCCAAUUCCACUAUUUAUGAAAAUUUUGAGAACUCCAUGCGGGACUCUGUGUUGGACUUUGAGACUAUCCAAGAGGUAUGUGAAGAAGACAUUGAAGAGAACGUCCUGAGGGAAGGAGUCUGCAACGAGAUCUUGCAGGAAACUUGUGUAUCUCUGGCGCUGGAACCUGUUCAGACCGUCACUAUCGAGUGUGCGACACAAUCAGAGGCCUGAACACCUGGUGAACACUCGGUACCAUCCGGUCCGGGCCGUCCUCCUCUGAGACAGGCAGUGUCUCGGUGAGCGGCCGACUGAGUUUUAACUGUGAUAUUGAAUGUAUGGUGGAAACAAUACACCACUUUGUGGAAUUAUGGUUUAUUUACACAGCAAGCCAAAGAAACUCUAUAUUGGAUGUAUAUUCUAAAUUGAUAUUAGCGAUUAACCCUCCAUCGGGCGCUUAAAAUUAGAAACACCAUCAGGCGCUCACGGAGGUUUCCUCCAGGUUGGCGAAUAAUGGAUAUCAUAGUCGUUUAAACU